AUGGCUCAAAUUGAAUGCGACAAAAAACUUGAUCUGGAUGAUCCACUUAACAGGCCAUCUUUUUUGAAUGCAUCUUCAGAUCAAAUGAAAACAAUUCAGGAAAAAGGAAAUAAAAAGAUCAAAGGUAUUCAAAAGUACGAUGAUAAUCAAUUCAAGUCAACUCAAUUAUUUAAGGGUAUCAAAGAACAAGAGUCACCAAAAGAUUUAAUUUAUUUCGAUGUCGAUAAUUACAACAAACCAAAGAAAUUAAUCUUUUAUUAUGCUUCUUUCAAAUUUCUGGACAUAA